CGGAGCGGGAGCCGAAGCGGAGCCCGGGCCAGAGCGGGCGGAAUGGAGCCCCCGCGCGCGCCCGCGCUGCGCCGCCUGCUCCCGCCGUUGCUGCUCUUACUGCUGCCACUGCCCCCCCGCGCCCGGGCCAAGUAUGUGCGGGGCAACCUCAGCUCCAAGGAGGACUGGGUAUUCUUGACAAGAUUUUGUUUCCUCUCGGAUUAUGGUCGACUGGACUUCCGCUUCCGCUACCCUGAGACCAAGUGCUGUCAGAACAUCCUCCUCUAUUUCGAUGAUCCAUCCCAGUGGCCAGCAGUGUACAAGGCAGGAGACAAGGACUGCCUGGCCAAGGAAUCAGUGAUCAGGCCGGAGAACAACCAGGUCAUCAAUCUCACCACCCAGUAUGCCUGGUCAGGCUGUCAGGUGGUGUCAGAAGAGGGAACCCGCUACCUGAGUUGCUCCAGUGGCCGAAGCUUCCGCUCUGUGCGUGAAAGGUGGUGGUACAUCGCACUCAGCAAGUGUGGGGGAGAUGGGCUGCAGCUGGAAUAUGAGAUGGUCCUCACCAAUGGCAAGUCAUUCUGGACAAGGCACUUCUCUGCUGAUGAGUUUGGGAUCUUGGAGACAGAUGUGACCUUCCUCCUCAUCUUCAUCCUCAUCUUCUUCCUCUCCUGUUACUUUGGAUAUUUGUUGAAAGGUCGUCAGUUGCUUCACACAACUUAUAAAAUGUUCAUGGCCGCAGCAGGAGUGGAGGUCCUAAGCCUCCUGUUUUUCUGCAUCUACUGGGGCCAGUAUGCUACUGAUGGCAUUGGCAAUGAGAGUGUGAAGAUCCUGGCCAAGCUGCUCUUCUCCUCCAGCUUCCUCAUCUUCCUGCUCAUGCUCAUCCUUCUGGGGAAGGGAUUCACGGUGACACGGGGCCGCAUCAGUCAUUCGGGCUCUGUGAAGUUGUCUGUGUACAUGACCCUGUACACCCUCACCCACGUGGUGCUGCUUAUCUACGAGGCUGAAUUCUUUGACCCAGGUCAGGUACUGUACACCUAUGAGUCUCCGGCGGGCUAUGGACUCAUCGGGCUGCAGGUGGCAGCCUACGUGUGGUUCUGCUAUGCUGUGCUCAUCUCCCUGCGACAUUUCCCUGAGAAGCAGCCCUUUUACGUGCCCUUCUUUGCUGCCUACACCCUCUGGUUCUUUGCAGUUCCCGUCAUGGCCCUAAUUGCCAAUUUUGGGAUCCCCAAGUGGGCCCGGGAGAAGAUUGUCAAUGGCAUCCAGUUGGGAAUCCACCUGUAUGCCCAUGGAGUGUUCCUGAUCAUGACUCGCCCAUCUGCGGCCAACAAGAACUUCCCGUACCACGUACGCACAUCGCAGAUCGCCUCCGCAGGGGCUCCGGGCACCGGAGGGAGCCAAUCCACAGACAAGGCCUUUCCGCAGCACGUCUAUGGGAAUGUGACCUUCAUUAGCGACUCGGUGCCCAACUUCACGGAGCUCUUCUCCAUCCCCCCGCCCACCUCCUCCGCCGGGAAGCAGGUGGAGGAGACAGCGGUAGCGGCGGCAGUGGCCCCGAGGGGCCGUGUGGUGACCACGGCCGAGCCGGGCGCAGCCUCCCCGCCCCCUCCYGCUCGGUUCCCCAAGGCGGCCGACCCGGGCUGGGAUGGCCCGACGCCGCCUUACCAGCCGCUCGUGCCCCAGACGGCGGCUCCACACACCGGCUUCACCGAAUACUUCAGCAUGCACACGGCCGGGGGCUCCGUACCCCCGGUCUGAGCACCCUUGGUCGCCCCUGUCCCCUGGGCCGCGCACCGGGCCCCGGCUGGGCUCCGGACCCCCAGCUCUGUCCCUUCCCCAGGGCUUGGCCAACCCUCCCAACUCUCCCCACCCCGCGUACCCAGGUUGGGUGCGCUGCGUCCCCCCCUUCCCCUUUGUGCCAAACGGUCCCGCGGGAGCCGCUCUCCCCGUCCCCUCCCUCAGCCCCUGCCCCGAACGGCGCCGGAUUCUGGGCUCCCGCUGUUCCGUGAUCUACGACCCCCCGAUCCCCUCCGAGACCUCUGACCCCGUCGGACUCCGGCACACCCACGACGACCGCCAGGACCCAGCUCGUGACUCCAGGAUUCCGCGACCCCGAGGACGGAUAUUGUGAAGCUGGUCUGACUCAAACCCUCCCUCGGAUCUGUGACCUCGGACCCGUGCUCUCUGCCCCUGUCAGCAUUCGGGGGCCUUCCCUCGGUCCCUCGCACAAAGACUCCCCCGCCCCUUGCCAAAAUAAA